AUGUUACAAUUAAGUAUUAUUUUACAGUCAUACCAAAGGGCCGUCUAUGCUGCCAAAUACUUGCGUCCUCCGGGGUUCUUCAAACGUGCCGCCAUGAGGGAAACACCCAGAAAGAAAACUGGCCCAUUUGAAAAUCCCGUCAAACGAUUUGUUCGCAUACGAGAGAAAGCCAGGCUAUACAGCUUCCUCCCUCCCCCAAGAAAGAUACCCGUGGCCAAGCCAGUGUCUAGGACUUUGUUGCAACCCGUAACUGGGGUGCCAAAAGUGGAUCCAUUGGUGUUAGAAAGGCGGUUAGACUUUCUACUCUCAGAUAAAGCCAAACUUCAACAGUUAGCUGCGAAAAUCAGGCCAGGUAUAACUCCCUAUCAAGCGGAAUUAUUCGUAUGGGAACGGCAGAUGACGGAUCUAAGAAAAAUUUACAGAGCACAGUAUUUGCAGAAGCUUUACCAAGUCACAGAAGAUGAGAGGCAUAGACAGUUCAAUAUAUAUGUAAACCAACAAAGAGACAAAAAGAUGCGAAGGCAAAAAUUCCUCCAAUCACUGCUAGAGGAAAGGAAAAGGAAGGCCUUACUAGUACACCGGUUGAACAUUGAGAAGAAGAUCAAUCAAUCAGUGGAAUUCAAAAGACUUUCACAGCGCAAAAUUGCCAACAUUUACUGGCUCACUAAGUUACAGGUACAUACAUUUUUUAAUAUACGUUUUAGUUUAUUUAGGGAUGUUUCAGUGCCGGAUAUAUCUAAAUCACUGGGAAACGAAGUAGAAGAUGCGAAAAGCAUCAAACACAAGAUUGUCACUGGAGAUGGUUAUUUCAGAAGAUUGCUGGAAGAAUCAUUCAGUAUUUUGCACGAAGAUUCGGAGAGAUACGAACGUCGUGAUGAAUUCAAGGGGAUGACGCCGGCUGAAAAGGCGGAUAUUACGUAUCAGAAAUUCAGUGAUGAAGAAAAGCUGCAAUUGGUGGAUCAGAAAAUUGAAAUAAUCAAGCAAGCCAUUAAUGCAGAAUCGCAAGUAAAAAAAGAUGCAAAUCAGUUGUUGGUUCAGAUACUAGAUAAUCUUGAGGCGGCAAAGUUGGCGUUUUUGGAGAGGAGGAAGGUAAAUAUGGCUAAAUCACUAUCACAUAAAUAA